CUCCUUUGGGCAUUCAAGAGAGGAUGCACACAAUAUAUUAGAAUCGGAUACUAACACAACACAGUUCAACUUUGAACCAUGAUGACAACAUUAGCACUACUAAUGUUUCUGCUUAUGAAUCUUGUAAGUGGUAACAUUGAAUGUCCCGUGCGGGUAUCUUGUUCAGAUCACAAGAAAAUGCUUGAAUUGUCUGCACUUCCUGUCCCAAUAAAACUCCCCAUCACUUACAUCGAUUACAGAUAUAAAGAAAUAGACGCAUAUGACCCUGGAAACUGUCUUGCAGGACUCCUACUUGGACUCAAUUUUUCAUCUUUUUCUCCUUUUCUAAUUGAUCCUUCGAAUGUUAGUUUCUUUAAUUGUUCUUCAGUAGGGGAAAGACAUCUGAGAAACAGUUAUGAAUUACAAGAUGAUGCUCAAGAUCUGCUAUCUUGCCCCAUUUAUAUUGCUCACUCUUACGACAGCCUGGUGGAAUUGGACCUGUUAUCAUGCACUAAACUGUUUGACCUAGCAUCCCCUUUUUCUGUAAGCGGUAAAACAAUUUCAUUGUCUUGGGAGGGAACAAAAUUUGACAGAAGAUGCUUCCAAUGUAUGACUCCACCAAAAAAAAAGAAGCAUACUACAACCACUCUUCUAGUCACUGCAGGUGUAAUCGUAGGUUCAACUGUGCUGGCGCUUGUGCUUAAUGGGUUGUUUCAAUUACAUCGAUAUUAUAGAAUGAAAAGCGAAGAUCAUGCAAGAGUAGAAAAUUUUUUGAAAGAUUAUAGGGCUAUGAAGCCAACUAGAUUCACUUAUGCAGAUAUCAAGAGGAUCACACAUCGCUUUAAAGAAAAAUUAGGUGAAGGAGCUCAUGGAGCUGUCUUCAAAGGUAAACUAUCUAAUGAAAUUCUAGUGGCUGUGAAGAUUCUUAAUAGCACAGAAGGUGAUGGAAAAGAGUUCAUAAAUGAAGUAGGAACUAUGGGCAAGAUUCACCAUGUCAAUGUGGUUCGUUUGCUUGGCUUCUGUGCUGAUGGGUUUCAUCGUGCUUUAGUUUAUGACUUUUUUCCAAAUGGGUCAUUGCAAAAUUUCAUCUCCCAAUCAAACCACAAUGAAAACUUUCUUGGAUGGGAAAAAUUGCAACAAAUUGCUCUAGGCAUAGCCAGGGGUAUUGAGUAUCUCCACCAAGGUUGUGAUCAUAGAAUUCUUCAUUUUGACAUCAAUCCUCAUAAUGUCUUAUUAGACGAUAAUUUUGUUCCAAAAAUUUCAGACUUCGGAUUAGCUAAAUUAUGUUCCAAAAAUCGAAGCACGGUUUCUAUGACUGUAGCUAGGGGAACAUUAGGCUACAUGGCACCUGAAGUUUUUUCUAGAAACUUUGGUAAUGUAUCUUAUAAGUCUGAUAUCUAUAGUUAUGGAAUGUUGUUGCUAGAGAUGGUUGGAGGAAGAAAGAACAUAAACCAUAGUCAAGAAGAUUUCCAAGUUUUAUAUCCUGAUUGGAUACAUAAUUUGCUCGAAGGAGGAGGAGAUAUUCAUAUCCCUAUUGAUGAAGAGGGAAAUUUUAUAAUUGCAAAAAAGUUGGCUAUUGUGGGACUUUGGUGCAUCCAAUGGCACCCUCUGCACCGCCCAUCAAUGAAAACUGUGAUGCAAAUGCUAGAAGGAGAGGUAGACAAAUUGGAAGUGCCUCGUAAUCCUUUUGAGUCCACAACCUCAGCUGAUACAAGUGCCAAUGUUGUUGCCAGACGUAUGAACUUUGAGCUAGAUGUAAUUCAAGAACUAGAGUGA